GGCAGUCCCUCCCCCCGCCCCCCGCCCGCCCCUCCGGCCGCCUCUGCCGCCGCGCGCCGCAGCAGCGCCGCCUUCCCUGCGCAGUCGGUGUCUCCGCGUCGCUGGGUGGGACUUGGCUUGGCGGCCAUGGGCAAGCAGAACAGCAAGCUGCGACCGGAGAUGCUGCAGGACCUGCGGGAGAACACGGAGUUCUCCGAGCUGGAGCUUCAGGAGUGGUACAAGGGCUUCCUCAAGGACUGUCCCACGGGCAUCCUCAACGUGGACGAGUUCAAGAAGAUCUACGCCAACUUCUUCCCCUAUGGUGACGCCUCCAAAUUCGCCGAGCACGUCUUCCGCACGUUUGACACCAACAGCGACGGCACCAUCGACUUCCGGGAGUUCAUCAUUGCACUGAGUGUGACCUCACGUGGCCGCCUGGAGCAGAAGCUCAUGUGGGCCUUCAGCAUGUACGACCUGGAUGGCAACGGCUACAUCAGCCGUGAGGAGAUGCUCGAGAUUGUGCAGGCCAUUUACAAGAUGGUUUCGUCUGUGAUGAAGAUGCCGGAGGACGAGUCGACCCCAGAAAAGAGGACCGAGAAAAUCUUCCGCCAAAUGGACACAAACAACGACGGCAAGCUGUCCCUGGAGGAGUUCAUCCGCGGGGCCAAAAGCGACCCGUCUAUAGUGCGCCUGCUGCAGUGCGACCCCAGCAGCGCCUCCCAGUUCUGAGCGAGAGGACCCAGGUUCCCCCUCCUCCCUGCCUUCACUGGCCCUCUCCCGGCUAUCAGCUUCCUCUCCCUUGUGUCCAUCCAGCCUGGGGGUCACACUGGGCACCCCCCAGGGCCUGCACUGGAGAAGGGAACCCCGCAGUACCCCUAAGGCCCAAGCAAGCAAGAGGUCAGCACCGUCAAUCUGAGAGGCAGUAUCUCCCUUAGGCAAGGAUUGAGACGCAGGCUCUGGCUGGGUCUGCCCUCCCUCGCCCAGACAGAACUUCGACCAUUCUCCCCCACCCACGCAUCCCCCCCACGCACCCCACGCCUCCCCUACUCCCACGCAGCCCCAAGCUCCUCCCCCAACCACCGGCAAGCUCCCCAACCCCCACCCCACCCUUGUAGCUCUCAGUCAGGGUGGAAGGGGGGAAGUGUUCCCAGGUGUGGAGGCUGUCUUCAUCUGGAAAGGAGAGAAGGAUUCCAGAGGUGGCGGGGGUUUGAGGAAAAAGCUUCCUUGAGCCAUCCUUUCCUGCAGGAGAGCCUCAAUCCUUCCUGUUCCACUGCUCUUGUUCUCCUGGAGGCCAGGAAAACAAGAGGAAAACCUUGGGGUUCCAGCCUCCCAGCUGUGGGUCCCAUGAACCCCCGCUUGCCUUCCAGCACUUGGAUGAACACAGACCCACUGAUUCUGCUGUGUAUGUUUCCUCCCUCACACACACACACAGGCCCACGGAUGGGCAGACACCCCCAGAGCCCCAACCACAGCACCCUUGUGGGAAAGCAGCACAGCCCCUCCCAUGUCCCUUCCCCUGCUGCAUGCAUCCACGUGGAGCAUCUCUGUUCUUUUUAAUAACUUCAGAAUAAAGUCUCAUUUCAGUGCA